CGCCGGGGUGGCUCCAGGAGAGAGAGAGUGUGGACUGCGCCAAAACCAAGGUCCUGAUUUUUUUUUUUUUUUUUUUAGACCGGGUGACGUCACGGGGAUUCACAGACGUCUUUGACAGGAUUCAAGCAGGACCAAGCAUCCCGCAACCGAUCGUCAAAAUCCGAGCCGCGGGACUUUGGCGCAACAUGACUGCGUUUGUUUGUUUUUAAAGGGAAUCCCGCUGCUGCUCCACGCAAACCCCGCCGUGGUUUGGGAUAAACAACCCAGCGAACAACUACUAAUCCCCGGGACGCUGGGGUGGAGGGGGGGGUGGUCGGUCCCGUUGAGAAAUGGACAGGGCAGCACCGACUGGAUUAGAUGAUCCGGAAUAAAUAAGCGAACCUGGGCGCAGAGAUCCUGGGGAUCCAUAUGGUCCUUUUUUGCUUGUUGUUGUCAUUAUUUGACCGGAGAUGGGGGCUUUUGCAAGCAGACAAAAUAUAGGCGUGGAAGAAGUGGACAUUCCAUCCAGUUCGGUGUACCGUUACCCACCGAAAUCUGGAAGUUAUUUUGCCAGCCACUUCAUCAUGGGCGGAGAAAAGUUUGACUCCACCCACCCGGAAGGUUAUUUGUUUGGGGAAAACACAGACCUAAACUUCCUCGGGACCAGACCAGUAGCGUUCCCAUAUGCGGCGCCUCCACCUCAGGAACCGGUGAAGACGUUACGAAGCCUUAUAAACAUCCGCAAGGACACACUGCGGCUUGUACGAUGCAGCGAGGACCUGAAGCUGCCCGGCGACGACGUGGCGGCCAAACAAAGGUCUUGCUACAACGUGGAGUUCACCUUCGACUCCGACACCCAGGUGGCCAUCACUAUCUACUACCAGGCCGUGGAGGAGUUUCACAGCGGGGUGCCGGUUUACCUCCCCCAGGACGGCUCCCUGCAGUCGGAGACGGUGCACUUCAAGCGGGGCGUCAGCCAGCAGUUCUGCCUGCCCUCGCACACCGUCAACCUCAGCGAGUGGGCGGACGACGAGCUGCUGUUCGACGUGGACAAGGAGGUUUUCCUGGUGGUGCAGGCUGUGGUGGACGAGGGUGAUGAACAUCUGGGCCACUCUCACAUACUUCUGGCCACCUUUGAGAAGCACAUGGACGGCAGCUACUGUGUGAAGCCUCUGAAGCAGAAGCAAGUGGUGGACGGUGUGAGUUACCUCCUGCAGGAGAUCUACGGCAUCGAGAACAAGUACAACAGCCAAGAGUCCAAGGUCGCCGAGGACGAGAUCAGCGACAACAGCGCGGAGUGCGUGGUGUGUCUGUCGGACGUGCGCGACACGCUCAUCCUGCCGUGCAGACACCUGUGUCUCUGCAACGCCUGUGCCGACACGCUGCGCUACCAGGCCAACUGCUGCCCCAUUUGUCGCCUGCCCUUCAGAGCUCUUCUGCAGAUCCGAGCCAUGAGGAAGAAGCUCAGCCCCUUGACGCCGACCAACUUCAACCCCGUCAUCACCUCCCAGACGUCGGACUCCGAGGAAAACUCGGCGUCCGAGCACAUCCCCCCGGGCUACGAGGCCGUGUCCCUGCUGGAGGCCCUCAACGGGCCCCUGGCCACCUCCUCCGUGGCUCCGCCGCUCCACUCCGGCCCCAGCCACGUGUCGGGGGCGUUGCCACCGUACAGCGGCGACGCCCACUCGGCGGCCGCCCGCUCCCUCUCCCCUCUGGACCACUCCAACUCUAGUCAGGGACUCAAACUCAAGAAGAGCGGCUCCAAGUCGCUUUCCCAGAAUUCCUCAGUGCUUCCCGAGGAGGAGGAUGAGAAGUCCUGCAGCGAACUGGAGGCCUGUCGCCACAAACUCGCCGCGGAGUGCGGAGUCACUCCGGACAGCGAAAACCUGACGCUGUCGUCCUCCGGGGCCAUCGACCAUUCCCCUUGCACCGGAACUCCGCUGUCCUCCACUAUCACGUCCCCUGAAGACCCAGUGAGCAGCAGCCUGGCCCAGUCAGUGAUGUCCAUGGCGUCGUCCCACUCGCAGCACUCCCACAUCAGCACUGACACCAUGUCCUCCAUGUCAGGGUCCUACCUGGCCGGGGCGGAGGGCCAGCCCGGGGGCGGCCAGGGGGCUGACGCGGAGGGCGGCGAGGAAGGGAACCGGGACGCCGCCAUGGAGAGCCGGGGACCCUCGCAGCUGGACGGGGAGCCAACAGAGCUGAACUACUCUGCGGGGAUUGAGGAGCAGGACUCAGAGGGGAAUGAUGUCACAGAAGAGGACCACUCCUCCUCGUCCAAUGGCAAAGGUGGGCGGAGCAGGUGUCCAGAGUUGGCCAAUAACAAUCGGGGCCUGUGUGACACGCCCUCUUUGGGCCUGGACAAUGAGCAGGCUCCCGACAGCCGAUUCGCCGGUCUCAUGUACCUCGGAGGCUACAGGCCGGGUUCGGACCCCCACCCCCACCACCACCACCACACCUCCACCAGCAACCAGGAGGAACAAGGGGUCGAGAACCGGGAGAGUCCCAAACAGCCCCGCCACGGACACCUCGUUGUGUAGCGCACACACACACACACACAUACACACUCACUACUGGCACUUCCGACUUACUCAGUGCUGCAUCGCUGGAUAAGGAUCAAAACAGGGAACCACACCGUCAGUCCUUGGAGACGCGGUGUAGAAGACUUCUCGCUUGUCCAAGCACUUUUAUAUGUUUAUUUUUUUUUUCCCCCAGUUUUUAUUUAUUACCCGUAGGUCUUACUAACCCGGUGUUGUGGCUCUCCUUCAAUACCACCAGCCGAUCAGUCAGGGGCGACCGUCACCUGCUGUCACCUUUGCCAGCAGGCGCACGACAUUGAAACAACGUUGAGAUCUUGUUGGAUUAGGUCCUGACUUUGAGCAACUUAAACGCAACGUUGAAACAACAUGCUUUUUGAUGACGUUUAAUCAAUUUUGGGUUGUGACGUUGAUCUGACCAUUGAAUUUUGGUCAUUUCUCAACCAAUGUCCUACAACUCAAACAUAACGUUGAAACAACAUGCUUUUUGUUGACAUUUAAUCAAUGUUGGGUUCUGUCCUUGAUAUGACCUUUGAACUUUGGCCAUUUCCCAACCAAUAUUCUACCCCAGAAACAUAACGUUGAAACAACAUGCUUUUUGUUGACAUUUAAUCAAUGUUGGGUUCUUACGUUGAUUUGAUCGUUGAACUUUGGUCAUUUCCCAACCAAUAUCCUACAACUCAAACAUAACGCUGAAACAACAUGAUUUUUGACGACGUUUAAACAAUGUUGGGUUCUAACAUGGAUCUGACCGUUGAAUUCUGAUCAUAUCCCAACCAAUAUUUUACAACUCAAACAUAACAUUGAAACAACAUGCUAUUUCAUGACAUUUAAUCAAUGUUGGGUUCUAACGUUUAUCUGACCAUUGAAUUUUUGUCAUUUUCCAACCAAUAUGCGACCACACAAAUACAACGUUGAAACAACAUGCUUUUUGACGACGUUUAAUCAAUGUUGGGUUCUAACAUUGAUCCGACCAUUGAAAUUUGGUCAUUUCCAAAACUUUAUCCUACAACUCAAACAUAACAUUGAAAAAACAUGCUUUUUGACGACGUUUAAUCAAUGUUGGGUUGUAACAUUGAUUUGACCAUUGAACCCCAACCAAUAUUCUGCCACAAAAAUAUAAAGUGGAAACAACAUGCUUUUUGAUGACAUUUAAUCAAUGUUGGGUUUUAACGUUGAUUUGACCAUUGAAUUUUGGUCAUUUCUCAACCAAUAUCCUACAACUCGAACAUAACGUUGAAACAACAUGCUUUUUGAUGACGUUUAAUCAAUGUUUUGUUCUAACGUUGAUUUGACCAUAGAAUUUUGGUCAUUUCCGAGUCAAUAUUCGACAACACAAAUACAACGUUGAAACAACAUGCUUUUCGUCGACAUUUAAUCAAUGUUGGGUUCUAACGUGGAUUUGACCGUUGCAUUUUGAUCAUUUCCCAACCAAUAUUCUACAACUCAAACAUAACGUUGAAACAAUAUGCUUUUUGAUGACGUUUAAUCAAUGUUGGGUUCUAACAUUGAUCUGACCGUUGAAUUUUGGUCAUUUCCAAAACUUUAUCCUACAACUCAAACAUGACAUUGAAAAAACAUGCUUUUUGACGACGUUUAAUCAAUGUUGGGUUGUAACAUUGAUUUGACCAUUGAACCCCAACCAAUAUUCUGCCACAAAAAUAUAAAGUUGAAACAACAUGCUUUUUGAUGACAUUUAAUCAAUGUUGGGUUUUAACGUUGAUUUGACCAUUGAAUUUUGGUCAUUUCUCAACCAAUAUCCUACAACUCGAACAUAACGUUGAAACAACAUGCUUUUUGAUGACGUUUAAUCAAUGUUUUGUUCUAACGUUGAUUUGACCAUAGAAUUUUGGUCAUUUCCGAGUCAAUAUUCGACAACACAAAUAUAACGUUGAAACAACAUGCUUUUUGUCAACAUUUAAUCAAUGUUGGGUUCUAACGUGCAUUUGACCGUUGAAUUUUGAUAAUUUCCCAACCAAUAUUCUACAACUCAAACAUAACAUUGAAACAACAUGCUUUUUGAUGACAUUUAAUCAAUGUUGGGUUCUAACGGUGAUCUGACCAUUGAAUUUUAGUCGUAUCCCAACCGAUAUGCGACCACACAAAUACGACGUUGAAACAACAUGCUUUUUGACGACAUUUAAUCAAUGUUGGGUUCUAACAUGGAUCUGACCGUUGAAUUUUGAUCAUUUCCCAACCAAUAUUUUACAACUCAAACAUGACAUUGAAACAACAUGCUUUUUGAUGACAUUUAAUCAAUGUUGGGUUCUGACGUUGAUUCGACCAUUGAAUUUUGGUCAUUUCCCAACCAAUAUGCGAUGACACAAAUACGACGUUGAAACAACAUGAUUUUUGUCGACGCUUAAGCAAUGUUUGGUUCUAUCGUUGAUUUGACCAUUGAAUGUUGGUCAUUUCCCAACCUUUAUUUUACAACUCAAACAUAACAUUGAAAAAACAUGCUUGUUUAUGACAUUUAAUCAAUGUUGGGUUCUGUCGUUGAUUUGACCAUUAAAUGUUGGUCAUUUUCCAACCAAUAUUCUACAACACAAAUACAACGUUGAAACAACAUACUUUAUGACAACGUUUAAUCAAUGUCAGGUUCUGACGUUGAUUCGACCAUUGAAUUUUGGUCAUUUCCCAACCAAUAUUCUACAACAUUGAAACAACAUGCUUUUUAACAACGUUUAUUCAAUGUCAGUUUGUGACAUUGAUUUAACCUUUGAAAUUUGGUCAACGUGGAUCCAACGUUGUCUCAAUUUACCAAUGCAACUAUUUUGCAACGUUGUUUCAGAGUCAGUUUUAAUUAAAGGACAUGUAUGUAUAAUCAACGUUGUAUCAACGUCUGGUGCCCGCUGGAACAUUCUUAUUAUUAUUACUAAUCUCCCGCCCCAGAGGCCCCGCCUCCCUUGCAUGCGUCCUCCACUCACCUCUGCUGAAUGUGAAGUGGAAACAAGAGACUUGGACCAAUGAAAAGAAUGUAGGACCAUUGUCUCCCAGAAGGAGGCGCCCUCAUGUUAAUUGGAAUGCCAUCCAACACGCGUCUGAGCAUGUCAGUGUUAUUAUUAUUAUUAUUAUUAUUAUUAUUAUUGCAGAACAGUAAUGAACUUUAAGUACAUUUGGAUUUAGGGGUGUGCAAUGUGCGGUACGGGGGUCAUAUUGGAUCGUAGCUUUGGCAUAUUCUAAAAACUAUUCAGUACUUAUGAAGAGGGGUUCACAAAAAAAUUUGGAUUAUUAUGGAAUCGGAUUCUGAAUCGAUGAAUAAUUUUAAAAAUGUUAUUUUAAAAAAAUGAAAAAAAAUUUUUUUAUUAUUUGAAUAUAUAAUUAUAAAUUUUUAAAAAGAUCGAUACUUAUGAAGAGGGGUGCGCACAAAAAAUAGGAUUCUUAUGGAUCUCAAUUCUGGAUCGAUUCAUGAUUUUAAAAAUGUUAUUUUAAAAAAAUGAAAAAAAAUUUUUUUAUUAUUUGAAUAUAUAAUUAUACAUUUUUAAAAAGAUCAAUACUUAUGAAGAGGGGUGCGCACAAAAAUUAGGAUUCUUAUGGAUCUGGAUUCCGGAUCAAUUCAUAAUUUUUAGAAUUUUAUUUUUAAAAAAAGGAAACUUUUUUUUUAUUAUUAUUUUAAUAUAUAAUUAUACAUUUUUAAAAAGAUCAAUACUUAAUGAAGAGGGGUGCACACAAAAAUUUGAAUUUUUAUGGAUCCGGAUUCUGAAUCAAUUCAUAAUUUUCAAAAAUGUAUUUAAAAAUUGUUUUUUUUAAAUAUUAUUUUAAUAUAAAAUUAUAAAUUUUUAAAAAGAUUAAUACUUAUGAGUAGGUGUGCACACAAAAAUUAGGAUUCUUAUGGAUCCGGAUUCUGAAUCGAUUCAUAAUUUUCAAAAUUGAUUUAAAAAACAGUAAAACAUUUUUUUUAUUAUUUUAAUAUAUAAUUAUACAAUUUUAAAAAGAUAAAUACUUGUGAAUAGGGUUGCACACACACACAAACACAAAAAAAAUCAAGAUUCUUAGCCAUACCGAUUGUAAAUCAAUUAAUAAUCAAUUCUAAAAAAGUUUAAAAAAAUGUUUUAUUAAAAAAUUAAAAAAAAAAAAAUUCCUGUUUGGAAGAAGUUUUAUUACAAUAAUUACACUAAAAUAUUAGUUCUAUGAAUCUUUGGGCAGCACGUCAUUUGAUUCGGUAUUUGAGGGUAAAAAUUGGAUUCGGAAUCGAUUCUUGAUUCACACAAUUUAAAAUAAUUAAACAUUUUUAAUAAUAUUAUGUGCCAGUUCCAUACCGUAAAAAAAAUGUCAAAGUUACUGUUAAGUCUUUUAAAUAGCUGCUUGAAACCUAUUUUGGUUGCGUAGCAUUUAAGGCUAAUUUUGAAUAGCUCACAUUUUGCAGAAGGCCAUGUUGUGAGUUGUCCAGUGAAAGGUUGUACAAAUACUUUCAAGUUUAAAUCCUCAUGUAUCGCUCACAUGUCUGGGAAACACAGGCAUUUUACUAUUAUUAGUGACAGGGGAGGGUGGUGGAGCAUUGUUUAGGGCUCGGGCCUCACAGUUAGAAGGUCCUGGGUUCGAUUCCCGGUCUUUCUGUGUGGGGUUUGCACAGCUGGACAGGACAGAUUACAUUUUUCAUGUUUUUAAUCAAUUUUUGAUUUUUUUAAUUGGUUAAGAAUUGUUACAAAUGAGAAUUGCAAUUCAGUCAGUAAUUUAUUAUUUUUUUGACAUUCCUACAUAAUUAUACAUUGCGAGAAUCGGUUUAAAUCGAGAAACCGUUUUAAUCGAGAAUCCGUUCUGAAUCGCAUUGUCACCCCGAAUCAAAAGUGUUGAAAUAUUCCACCGCUGACAAAUAAGGUAGAAACGAGAUAUUACACAUACCCGUAACAUAAAGCUUAGGCUAGUUAGCUUAGCUUAAGUUGGCAUACUUUGGAUUGGUUUUAGCAUCUUUAAAGCGGAACUGCACUGGUUUGGAGUAUUUUGCUUAUCAGUAUGAGAGACAAGAACACAAAAUAUUUCAGUUUUCUUUCCCGCUUUCUAAUAUAUAUUCUGAAUCGCUUUCUAGCCAGUCUUGGUGGCUAGCAAUGCGGAUAAUAGGAGCAAUCAACUCUACCUUAUAAAUCGCCGUCAACGAUACUUUAUUUACAUUCCGUAACCUGUAUGAUAACCAAACUUUAGCAACAUCGGCGUGCUACGAUGUUACCCAUAAAAGCUAGCUACGGCAAGAGAUAAGCCAGCUACGAAACGCGUUAGGGUGUGUAAUGCAGAAUGCUGCGAUACAACACCAAUUUGUAGUGACUGAAAUCAUAUUACAGUAUCGGUAAAGUAUUAGCCCACAUUUCAUGUUUUGUUUGCACACUGUGUCAUGUCAUGAUACACACGUGACGUGCUGCGUGUAUCAUGAUCAAUAUUAAGUGUGACUCACUCGAUGGACAGUUUGGUCCGGCUCGCCGGGGACGUUUCCUGUUGAUUUUGGGGCAAGCACUCCAUUUAUGUCGAAAUAGGUUGGCUCCAAUUUCCAAAGUUUUACCUCACUUUCUCGGCUUCAACUGGGUCCAACGUCUCAUCAUACUUGCCAACCUUGAGGCCUCCGAAUUCGGGAGAAUAUGUGUAUAUAUAUAUAUAUAUAUAUAUAUAUAUAUAUCUGUUCUUGAAUGAGUAUAUCCAUUCGGCCACCGUGUUCAAUGGAGAAGUCUGAUCUACAAAAUUUGCAGGCAGCAUACGCCUUCCUCUUCGAGCUGUCCUGGAUGAAAAUGAUUUUUUCCAAUCAUUUUGGAACUUCCAAGCGUUCUUCUUCUUCUUACUCGUCAUCGCCAUGUCUCUUUCGUUCUUCUGCUUCGUCUAUGUUAUGUUUUUGGACAUUACUACUUGCCGUACUUUUGAAGCAAUGCAUGAAGGGAAUCCGGAUGUUGUGUGUCAGUGCCGGCUGGAAUAAACACACGCUGAGAAAUAGCUCAAUGCCUGCCUACUUUAUGGGUUAUAGAUAAACCUAUGGAUAACGGAGACAUAUAUAUUUUCAGGUGAGAGAGGAAGCUAUAGGCAGUGCUUUUAAGGCAUGCCCUCAAUAUUGUUGUCCGGGUGGAAAUCAAGAGAAUGGUUUCCCCGGGAGAUUUUCGGGAGGGGCACUGAAAAUCGGGAGGGUUGGCAAGUAUGGGUCUCAGUCUUACCUCGUGCUCGCCUCUGGAAGCAGCAGUUCAUCCUCAGUAUAUUCAGCCUCAAAAAUAUAAGGUUGCAAAUCCUUAUUUGUCCAAAAAUAGUCAUACUUGUUGUGUGUUACCAAGUCUGCCGUGAUUAGAAGACACACUCGUGUUUGAUCACAGAAGUAGGAACACAAGUUGUUGGCAGAAGUGGGAAGUGCGCUGCUAUGGAAACAGAAAUAAAAGCGCGAUUAUUGUCAUUAUGUCUCUCAUAAUGAUCGUCAAAAAUAGGCAAAAUUCCCCCCAAAAAAGUGCAGUUUCCCUUUAAAGUCACAAAAUGAAUCAAAUCGCCCCCCAAUCAGCAUCUAUAUAUAUUUUUUAUGUGGCCCUGGCUGGAAAAAGUUUACACACCCCUGAUUUAGAUGCUAUAAUUUUGCCAUUGUAACGGGACAUGUUUUUCCUCUUGUUUUUCUUUGUUUUAGUUAAGCGUUCAGUCUUGUCUGUUUUUGUGAUUUUAUUUGUCGCAAAGCACUGUUGUUUACUAGAAUGUGGAUGAAACGGUGACAUUUGUAAAGGUUUACAGUUUUACGGUAGGAAAGAAGAUUCACACGGCCCCCGUUCGUCGGUGGUUACCCGACACACGAAACGUGACGAAUUGCCGCCAGACAACAGCAGAGUGUUGGUUAUCUUGAAAUGUGUUUCAUGACAAUUCCGACUUUGACCAGUUGCGAUGUAGGGUGUCGCUUACUACUAUUUUCAGCAGACAUUGCAACGUGAUUAUCCGGCCCUUUUCCUCUCACGUGAGAUCCACCCAGGAACGGGGCCGUGUGAAAACCUUCUCUACUGCACACAGACACACACACACACACACACACACACACACACACACACACACACACACACACACACUACUGGUCAACAUUUGGAAUGGGGACCAAGAUGUUGUUCGGUACUUGUGGGGACCACCCUUUCUACAGGUUGUGGAAGCAUGAAAAAAAUUAAGUAAAAUGGCCACUGGCCAGUUAGCUCAUACACGUCUUUAAAUCUCUGGAUUAAUGAAGUAAUGUGCUGAUCACUCUUACUGGGGACCCUGGGGAAAAAUUUAACAUGAUUCAUGGGGACCAAAUUUAAAUCAUUUUGCAUAAUUCACUCACAUUUGUUCGUGACUACUGAGGACCAUAUAAAAAACUAAAAAGUUCAAAUUAUAUAUGACAUGAUGCUUCACGGUGGCAGAGGGGUUAGUGCGUCUGCCUCACAAUACGAAGUUCCUGCAGUCCUGGGUUCAAAUCCAGGCUCGGGAUCUUUCUGUGUGGAGUUUGCAUGUUCUCCCCGUGAAUGCGUGGGUUCCCUCCGGGUACUCCGGCUUCCUCCCACUUCCAAAGACAUGCACCUGGGGAUAGGUUGAUUGGCAACACUAAAUUGGCCCUAGUGUGUGAACGUGAGUGUGAAUGUUGUCUGUCUAUCUGUGUUGGCCCUGCGAUGAAGUGGCGACUUGUCCAGGGUAUACCCUGCCUUCCGCCCGAUUGUAGCUGAGAUAGGCGCCAGCGCCCCCCGCGACCCCGAAAGGGAAUAAGCGGUAGAAAAUGGAUGGAUGGAUGGAUGAUGCAAAUGUCUCACACUCAAACUAACAAGUAAACAUGUUUAAUGGGCCAAAGCUUAAAAAUAUCUUUGGCAUCUUCAGAAUGGAUCUGACUAUCAUUUAAAAAGGUUUACCUUUAGGGGACCUAUUUUUUUGUCCCCAUACCGUAAGAUGUCCCCUAAAGGUGACUGUGUAAACAGAGCGAUGUCCCCAUUAACUCAGCAUUGCCAGAAAACACACACACACACGCACACACACACAUACUGGUUAUCAUUUAGAAUGGGGACCAAGUUGUUGUUCGGUACUUGUGGGGACCACCCUUUCUACAGGUUGUGGAGGCAUAAAAAAUGAGGUUCAGUUAGCUCAUACACGUCUUUGAAUCUCUGGAUUGAUGAAGUAAUGCGCUGAUCAUACUUACUGGGGACCCUGGGGAAAAGUAUUUAAUAUGGUUCAUGGGGACCAGAUUUAAAUCAUUUUGCAUAAUUCAUACAAAUGUGUUCGUGACUACUGAGGACCAUAUAAAAAACAAAAAAGUUCAAAUUAUGUAUGACAUGAUGCAAAUGUCUCACACUCAAACUAGCAAGUAAACAUGUUUAAUGGGCCAAAGCUUAAAAAUCACUUAGGCAUCUUCAGAAUGGAUCUGACUAUCAUUUAAAAAGGUUUACCUUUAGGGGACCUAUUUUUUUGUCCCCAUACCAUCAGAUGUCUCCUAAAGGUGACUGUGUAAACAGAGCGAUGUCCCCAUUAACUCAGCAUUGCCAGAAAACACACACACACACACUGGUUAUCUUUUGGAAUGGGGACCAAGUUGUUGUUCGGAACUUGUGGGGACCACCCUUUCUACAGGUUGUGGAGGCAUAAAAAAAUGCGGUAAAAUGGCCACUGCCCAGUUAGCUCAUACACGCGUUUAAAUCUCUGGAUUGAUGAAGUAAUGUGCCGAUCAGUCUUACCGGGGACCAUAGGGAAAAGGAGUUAAGAUGGUUCAUGGGGACCAAAUUUAAAUCAUUUUGCAUAAUUCACACAAAUGUGUUCGUGAAUACUGAGGACCAUAUAAAAAACAAAAAAGUUCAAAUUAUAUAUGACAUGAUGCAAAUGUCUCACACUCAAACUAACAAGUAAACAUGUUUAAUGGGCCAAAGUUUAAAAAUCAAUUAGGCAUCUUCAGAAUAGAUCUAGAUGUUACAUGACCCCAUACCGUCUGAAGUCCCCAUUAAGUCAACAUUGCCAGAACACACACACACACACAGCAAAAGGGACAUUGGUGCACUAUUAGCCGUUUCGUAGGCGACACAGGAAGCAUGAUAAGUCCGGGUCGGCCUCCCGCAGGUGAAUGAAUGGCGGCUCCAGUCACAUGGUCACGGUCUGAAUGUGUCGGCGAGUAUCAAAAGGGGCGGCCAUAUGUAGGAAGCCACUUUUUUGUAGGACUGUAGGCGUGAAAUAGUCAGUGAGAACGUGAGAUGGACAAUAAAGGUUUUUUUUUGCAACUUAA